AUGUUGCUCGUGCCGCUUGCCCUCAUCGCACUGUUCGGCCUGGCCCACACGCUGCCCCUCGAUGACGUGGAGUCAUCGUCACUGGCCACAAUUGAGCAGCCGGAUGGCAGCGGGCGGGUGGUCUUCGAUCAGCGUCAGACGGGCCAGUACAACAUUCACGUGAGCAUUAAAGAUGUCGCCAUCAUCGAGGUGGGUCAGAACGAUCUGACAGAUGGUGCGUACAACGAUGCUGAGGAUUACUACUACGAUGACAGUGCGUUGACCAUCAAACCCAUCAAGUUCUCGACUGAGGCCAUUGGCAGCAGCAGCACAGCAGCAGCGCCAGCAUCACCAGCAGCAGCAGCUGCGACGACAUCCACGACAGCGUUGAGCAGCCCCACAGAGACGCCAACCACUACCCUAAAGGAAUCCCCGGAGACAUCUGAAGCACCAUUGAGCAGUCUGAAUAGCAGCUCCACCUACAGCUCGGAUCUCUUGGCGGAUAUCGCCGCAAGCAGGAUCAGACCCAAGUCUAGGCUCAACAAUCUAAUGAUAAUGGAGACGCCAAUUGGCGGAGCACCGACGGCCGCACCACACCUGCCACGUCUGCCACAGGCGCCGCAUCCCAGAUCGAAAGAUAUUCCCAUUAUGGCUGCCGCUGCAGCAGUCACCCGGCCCCCGCUGCCGCAAGGCAUUGAGUACACCCCCCCGCAAGGUCACAACUCGCCCAUCUUCAAAGUGAAAGUUCAACGAUCCGCAAUGCCGGCAACCAAGAAGCCCGCCCGCUGUCGCUCACAUCAGUCACGGAAUGCCCAGGGCAAAUGUGCCGACUCGAUCUAG